CUUAACUGUUUUCGCCAAGCAGAAAUGGUAACAUAUAAAAUAAAAUAAAAAUGCAGUGAUACCAACAAGCGCGGUAAAAUAAGCUUUUUGAACAGUGAAAAUGGCGGCACCAUUAUCUCUCUCCCUCCUCUCCACAGCCCUAAAACCCAAAUCAUACACAAAUAAAGCUGAAACCCUCGUCCUCCUCAUCGCCUCUCUUCACUCUCCGCCCUUAACCAUUUCGAACACAAUUCAGCUUGAAAUGUGCACGACAAGCAGUUUCAGUGCCCGUCAACGGUAAAACCCUAAACCCAAACAUUGGCGAGCUCUGUGAAAGGGAGGGCCUUCAAUGGCUGACCGAGAAAACCGAAUAAUUCCAAUGGAAAAUGAAGCACCUCGCAAACGGCCCAAUCAAUUCGCAGAAGGUAAAUUGAAGGCGAAUAAGAAGCGCGUCGUGCUGGGUGAGCUCACCAACACCUUAUCCAGUGUGUCCGGGCCGAGCCCGAAUUCGGAUAUGGGGAAAACACGGGUUUUUGGCCCGGAAUCCGUUUUCAAGAGGACGGGAAAUGGAAACAAUUUGGGCUUGGAGGUUAUGACGGAAUGUGACGAGCCGCAAAAAGUUGGGUAUGCUGCUUCGAUAUUUCAACAUUUGCACUCCUUGGAGGUUGAGGUGAAAAGGAGGCCUUUGUCUAAUUACAUGGAGAAAGUUCAGGAGGACAUAAACCCAGCAAUGAGGGCAAAACUAGUUGAUUGGCUGGUAGAAGUUGCUGAGGAGUACAAACUUGUUUCAGACACGCUUUAUCUCACUGUAAACUAUAUUGACCGAUAUCUAUCGGCUCAUAAGCUGCUUAGAAACAGGCUUCAGCUUCUUGGUGUAUCUUGCAUGCUUGUAGCAUCAAAAUACGAAGAAAUCAAACCCCCACACAUAGAGGAUUUUUGCUACAUGACGGACAAUAUGUACACAAAAGAUGAGGUUAUGGAUAUGGAGAGAGAAGUUCUCAAAUUGUUAGAUUUUGAGAUGGGUAACCCAACAACUAAAACUUUUCUCAGAUUUUUUACCAGGGUUGCCCAGGAAAAACUCGUGUUUUCAAAUCUUCAGUUUGACUUUUUAUGUAAUUAUCUUUCGGAGCUAAGUUUAUUGGAUUACGGUUGUGUUGGCCACAUUCCAUCACUGGUGGCUGCCUCGGUCAUAUUUCUUGCAAGACUGAUUAUGCAGCCAGAAUCUCACCCAUGGACCCAUGCAUUACAAAAGCACACUGGUUACAAACCAUGUGAAUUGGAAGAGUGUGUCCUCAGACUUCACUCUCUCUUUCUCAAAAGUGAAACAUAUUCACAAGCUGUGAGACAGAAGUAUUCGGAUCACAAGUUCAAAUAUGUUGCUUCAAUCAAUUCGCCCUUUGAGAUUCCUUCAAGCUUUUUUCAGUUUUCACAAGAUUGAGGAUAUUCUUGUCAACACAAAAUUUCAACUUAUGAAGUGCCCUGAAGGUAUAUUUUAGGAUGAAUUGCAAUGUGUAUAUACGCACUCUUGGUGAAAUGGCUGUGGGAUUAGCCUUUCUCGUUUCCUUUUGUGACGACGGUUUGUGUAUUCUCGUGAUCUUUUAAUUUAAUACCCACUAUGUAUGGUAAGUUUAUUUCUUGCCACAUCAGUUGGUGGACACAUUAAUCAGUAGCUACUGUGGGUAGAAAAGUGGAAUUGUUGUGCAUAAUGUAAUCUUUCAAUUUCAGAGCACUUUUUUUUUUUGCUUCUUAUCCGAAGAAUUCAUGCCUUUAUAUUAUUUAUCUACUCAGCAGCCUGAGAGAAGUUCUCAAA